AGUCAUUCUGCAAAGUGCGUAAACAAAACGCAAACUGAUGAAAAUUGAAAUUGAAAACGCUACGCAUGCGCCGCUUUUCCAACCACACUUGACUGGGGCUUUCCAUGGAAAUCCGCCUGUAGUUUUUCCUCUUUUUCCGUUGAUUUUCUGUCGCUCGCCUUUCAAACCUAUCGAAUAUCAAAGACCAGCACAAAGAGAUAUAUGGCCGAGAAGGCCAAACAGAGACGCCACUACAAAUUGGAAGCCAUGGAGCAGAUGGAAAUCGCAAUUGGAAACGUGAGGUUGAGAUGUUGCAUCUCACAUCUGGGCACCUUCACUGCCCACCCACCCCACUGCAGCCCCUUCCUUUCUCCGGCUCAACACCACCCAUUCUUGCAUCUUUUCUGUUCAGUGAGCAGCGAAGAUGAAAUUGAAUCUGGUCCGGGUGGCAGAGGCAAUAAAAGUGGGCGAGUGACCAGAGAGAUGCGUCACAAGUCGGUCGACAGCCAGCGCAAACAUAAGUUAUGGAGCCAUGGAUUUGGAUAUCCUGAAGCCUUGGAUCAUCAUCUUGAGCACAUGGAGCCUGUUGCAAUUGAACUUCGAGGAUUGUCUGGCCGUUCCUGGCGGCGGCAGCAGCGGAGAGAGAGUCCACAUACGCCUCCACAUGCCGGAGGUAGUACGCCAGCACACACACUUCCACAACGUUUACAAGUAUCCUCGGAAAAUGCCCAUUCAUCCAGCUCCUGCGCCGCCACCCACAACGAUAGCAUCGCUCUAUCCGAAGCUUCCGGGGAAACCUCAUGUUCAACUAUUGGGCUAUACAACGGCAGUGGGCGGCUCGGGACCGAUGUCGCCGAAUUUAAUGCAGCUAAUGGCUACGGCAGCCACGCCCACACUAAUGCCAACGCCCACAAGUUUGGCGCCAAACUAUGGGCCCGCAUUAUUCGAUAAUUAUAACCAGGCCGUGUCCUCUCUAUCGAGUGCUACAACAACCACAACGACAGCUCGGCCUCCCCAGCUCUUCAAAUCCGCCUCCAGCCAGAAACAGCAACAAUUGUUGGAACAAAUUUUCGCACCUCAUCAAUCAGAUGAAGAGGAUAAUUCCACGGAAGAUAAUCAGUUGGAAAAUAACUCAUUGUUGAACCAAAAUUUCCUGGAAGCCUUGCAGAGGGAGUAUCUCUCGAAAUUCGGAGGACGACGCAAGCGGAAGAAGUCGGGUUCCAAAAAAUACAAAAUACCCAGCAAGGAUUAUUCAAAUCGCUAUCAGAGCAAGCCCACUUAUUACCAGGACGAGGAUCUAUCUGAAAACUUUGACGAUUACCAGGAUGAACCUCUCGGUGAAGAUUACGAGGAAGUGAUGAUGAUGAGCACUCCACAAAAAUAUGGCGGGUACUACCCCACUGGAUCGGAUGAAGUGGAUCAGGACAAUGCCCAGGGCUAUGAUAACGCGGUGGCUUUCAGUGGCCAGGAUAAUAGCAUUUCCCCAACGAUACCCACAAUGGAAGAGUUUUUAGAGGAUGUGAAUAGUCCAGGAUCUGGAUUUAGUGGCGUAGGAAGCUAUGAUCCAUAUGGGAAUUCCAAUGGCUUUAUGUCCCAAUCUUGGCAUCCAUCACCAACCACUGCUACGGGCAAUAGUUGGUCCAGACCUACGACUGCUCAUCCAUUUCCCACUUCCUCAAAAGGACCCAACAAAGCGAGGCCUGUCAGAUCCCGAGGACGAACAAAGAUACGAUACGUAAAGCUAAUCACUCGAAAGAAACGUAAAAAUCACAUUAGAACGAAACGAUAUCGAACUUAA